CCCUGCACAGGCUGCAGGAGGAAGGAGACGUGUCCCAGUCAGAGAUUAGCCCGGGCGGACAGAUGGAGGCAGACGGCACCACUGGCAACAUGGAGGAAAAAGUAGACGUAGAAAAGGCAGAAAACCCAUUUGAGCCUUUCAUUGAGUCUCUCCGUCAGCAGCUGGAGGAUCAGGAUCCGGUUUUUCUCAUCGCAGUAAUCGUCGCUUUGGCGGUUGUUGUCAUCACAUGCGUUUUUCUGAAGUAUUUCCUCUCCAGUAAAACUGUCAGAAGUGCUGUGCUGCUGGUCGGGCUGUGUGACUCUGGGAAAACCCUCCUGUUCAGCCGGCUGUUGUCAGGAAAAUUCAAGCGCACCCAGACCUCCAUCACUGACAGCAGUGCUCCAUACAAAGCCAGAAACGACAGGGCCAGCACCUGGACUCUGAUAGACCUGCCAGGACACGACAGUCUUCGCCCUCAGUACCUGGAGAAAUUCAAAUCUGCUGCCAGGGCGAUUGUGUACGUGGUGGACAGCGCCAUCUUCCAGAAGGAAGUGAGAGACGUGGCAGAGUUCCUGUACAUCUUGUUGACCGAUGCUGUGAUCUCCAGGAACGCCCCGACUCUCCUGGUGGCGUGCAACAAACAAGAUAUCACCAUGGCUAAAUCAGCUAAACUGAUCCAGCAGCAGCUUGAAAAGGAAUUGAACACCUUGCGAGUGACACACUCUGCCGCUCUGAGCUCUCAGGACGGCUCUGUAGGCGGAAAUAUGUAUCUGGGGAAAAAAGGCAAGGACUUUGAGUUCAGCCAGCUUCCUAUGAAGGUUGAGUUCCUGGAGUGCAGCGCCCGUGGCAGCAAGGGUGAAGACGGGGACGCAGACAUGGAGAGCCUGGAGAAGAGUCUGGCUAAACUGUGAAAUCAGCAACAUCAUCCUAGGGCAGAAUUUCCCCUCAGAGACACACACCACAGAUCGACAUAACCUAGUCAAAGGAGGGGUGACAGAUGUAUCUCAUUGGAGGAUGUAUUUGACAGGAGUCACCAGUCAAACACGGUCGUAGAUGCGCUGGCUGUAAAGCUUAAAAUGACAUGACAGCGAAGGAGCAUGGAACACGUUGAAUCGAACACACACCAAAAAGACUCCAAAGUUAAGUAAUGAAAAGCCACCGCUGAUCAUCGGGUUGUUUUGCAGUGCUGGUAAUGAUUUUGUGCAUAUUCUGUCAAUCCUACUGUGAACAUCCGCCUCAACGUGCUUUUUGGAAAAUAUAUAUAGUUUAAAUUAUUUCCAUCAACUACAACGUUUGCUGUUCAUAAAUUCAAUUUAAAUCAUUGAAGAGGUCACAGAGUUUCAACAUUUUUUGUUUUAAAUUUAAGCUAGCGUGAUUUAUAAGCUGCUUGAUAAGACGGAUAGCCGAGAGAUAGGGAAUUGCAUUUAUUGAAGUCAGCCAUGUGCCUUUUUUUUUUUCUUCUGGUAUUAAGAGAGUUUUCUGCCUAUCUGUAAGAAAGAACUUUGUCUGAAAGUGUUGCGUGAAUACAGUGCAUUUGCAUUGAAUGUAUGGAUUUAGGAUUUUGUGUAUGUUUGUACUUGUCUGGCUUGUUUGAAAAUUGACAAUAUAAAAGUUUUUGAUGAUGCAAAUUGA